UGGUGCCAUCUCUACUAAAAGCACGAAACACCACGCUCGACGUAUCACCGUCGAUUCAUUCUAUACAUCGCGUGCUACCAAGAGCACUACCAAGAUGUCCAAAACUCUACGAUGUCCGCUAUCACCAUGCUAUCACCAAUAGUUCUUCCGAGUUUUCAUCUUGGUGCCCUUUUCGGGUCUAUCAUGCCACGUGUAUACGCUUGUUUCAUUGCCUUGGGAGCGUGGCAGGGUCUGGGCGACAAAAGUAGGCUGCUAUGGCGUAUGUUUUGAUGCGACUUGCGUGCUAUUGCGGAACCAGUCCCCCGGGAUACCUCGGAGCAUGGAGUUUCUAUCGUUGACAUGUGGAUGGUGUACUGGGUAUCUUCUGGUUGAUACUCCUUGUUAUAUAGGGAGAUGAAGUCGCCUGCAUUUGCAUUCCUAUACCAUUCCUUCUGCUCCUCAUCUAACAAUACACCCUUACAUCCAUCGACAUGGCACUACCCUCCAAUGGCAAGGAGAUACUGGCUGUGACUGGUCAAGCCAUCCAGGAGCCUGCAGCACCAAUCCUGGUGGAACAACCGGAUCCAACCACAAAUCAUGGUCGCCAUCAAUUCUUUCGCACCACACUCUUCCAGCUUCUCGUCGUCGGCUCAUGCGCCUUCUGCGCGCCCGGAAUAUGGAGUGCCAUGAACGGCCUAGGCGUCGGCGGGUCUCAAAGUCCCAACCUCGUCAACGCCGCCAACGCACUCCUCUACGCGUUCAUGACGGUAACCUGUUUUGCCGGACCCUGGCUGACCAACGCAAUCGGCUUCCGCUGGACACUGGCUGUCGGAUCCUUAGGCUACCCACUGUACGCAGCAGGACUGUACGUCAAUAACCGUACGGGGGCCACCUGGUUCGUCUAUUUUGGUGCGGUUGCCUGUGGCAUCAGCGCCGGCUUCUUCUGGAGUGUCGAGGGAGCCAUCGCAACCGGAUACCCUGAACACCAUAAACGAGGCCGCUACCUCGCCACGUGGUUCACCUUCCGCAACUUUGGCAACGUCAUUGGCGGAGCAGUGUCGCUGGGCAUCAAUCACAAAGUCAAUCACAAGGGCAAAGUCGGGUAUCAAACGUACCUGGCAUUCAUCGCAAUCCAGUGCCUCGGCUUUUUCCUAGGUCUCCUCCUGUCCAACCCAGAAAAGGUCCAACGUGACGACGGGACACGUAUCGAAGCGCCACGAAACAUACAUUGGCGCACCGAGCUCGAGCAUAUGUGGAGGCUCAUUCGCAGCAAGCCCAUCUUGCUACUGACGCCACUGUUCUGGUAUUUUGGCUGGAUCCAGGCUUAUCCAGGAACAUAUCUGGCCACAUACUUCACGGUCCGGUCUCGUGCACUGGGCAGUUUCAUGUCCGCUGUGGUCGGGACGUUAGCGACAUGGCUUGCCGGUACACUUGUCGAUCUGCCCUGGCACAAAUCUCGCAAGACCCGCGCCGUCACCACGUACGUUCUGAUCGCCCUACUCAAUAGCGCGACGUGGAUCUGGGCGGUUUAUAUCCAGAACGAGUACCGUCACACAAGGCCCACGCUGGACUGGGGUAACCACAGGUCCUUUGGCCGGGGGUUUGGCUUGUACCUGUUUGAGAGGAUUAGUCUCGGUAUGGUCGAGAACUACAUCUACUGGUGCAUUGGCAAUCUAUCGGACUCGCCGGGUGACCAGAUUCGAUACAGCUCCCUGCUCAGGGGAAUUGAGACCGCUGGUGUGGCUGUGGGCUUUGGCGUUCAGGCUGUGCCUACCGCGCUGAUUGCCACUGCCAGUAUCAAUUUCGCGCUUUGGUUCCUGGCGCUGCCAUUCAGUUACUAUGCCACGUUGCAGGUGGUGCGCAAGUUCAAUAAGUUGCAGGAGAAGUGGGGGAGCGGCGUAGUCGAAACAGAUCGAGCAGUGCCCGAGGUCAAGGAAUAGAAGAGCGUGUGUCUAAGAAACGAAAUCGACGACGGUCACUCGGACAACUAGGAAUCUACUCUGCGUGAUGACCGACUCUGGACAAUUCUCUCAAGGGACUUGCAGCAGGGAAAGUUCGAUCGAACUCGAUAUAGGAAUCGCGCCAAAAGAGGUUUUCAUGAGACCACUUCACUUCACUUUCCACGAGACCACUUCACUUCACUCUUCACGAGAUGAGUCCACUUCACUUCACUCGACCUCGAAUAUCCAGCCUUUAUAUAUGCGACCCUUCCAAAAUUAGUCAACAAUUAAGGUGAAAGACUGCCCUUACAAGACCGGACUAUAUCUUUAGUAUCUGGCUCAGCAAAUGACUCUAUCACUAAGCUCAUAACAGGGCACCGAGACAAAUUCC